UUCACAUCGCUAAGCUAUACAAGUCGGCCUAGAGUUUUCGCAUAUAAUUUUAUUAAUACGAAACGAAAAAUGUCGUCCCACAGCGGUGGAACGGAUUGGAAUUCCGUAUUAAAAGCUCUGCUUUUAAGCCGCACGGGUGCUCUAAACAAAAACGAAGUGGUUAAUCUGCUAAAAGCAAUAACCAGAUGCGAACAUGAGUUCUUCGACGAUGAAAGUAGCUUCGUGCAAUUUUACACGGCCUUUGCGGCACUGGCGGCGGACAAGCUUAUGCAAAUCAAAUCAAUUUGCCAAACACAGAUUUGCCAGUUGCACGAUGCGACGGCUGUGCUCAUACGCUUCAUACUCUUCCGCCUGCCCAAAGUGACGGUCUAUGAAUCGAAAUGGCUAUUGGCCGCCCUCAAAAUGCUCUGCGAGGGCAGGGAGAAUGCCUCCACGGCUGUUGGACAAUUCGAUUACAGUGCCGUGGCCGGUGUGGUGAAGAGCUCCAAGCAUCCGGAAUCAUCCAAUAAGAGUAUUAUGUCAAUUGGAGGCAGCACCACAGGAGGUGCUGCUGCUGGCGGAAGCAACGAUAAAGAUUCGCCCAAAUUGGAGAUUAAGCGAUCGCGCUCGGACCUCUCAUCGGUGAUCCUUCAGCAGCUGCUGGCACCUCUAGAGCCGGGCAAGAUGACCUGGGUGCCCCUCAGCGAGGAGAUCACCGAUUGCACUGAGCAACUUUUGGCAGCCAAUGUGGAGGUAUUCCAGGAGGCAAAUGGCGUCGAUACACUGCUGGAUAUCUGCGUGGGUCUGCCCAUACUCAGUCGCUAUCGCAUGAAGUACAUGGAGACGAUAAAUGCAGGGAAACCGCUCUAUCUGCCACUCACGCAGGCAGAGGCCACCACAGUGAAGUCAUCGAUGAAUCACAUGCUCACAGAUCUCUCGAUUGUGGGCCAGGCGUAUGCCCUGAUUGUCAUGCAGCCACUGACACCAAGCCGUAUCGAGAAGCUAUCCAUGUGCGGCAUCUCGGCAUUGUACAAUGCGGUGCUCACAUCGAUAGCCACCAGUGUGCUGAGCAUGGGACAGGCCAGCAGCUCACAGAAGCAGCAACAACAGCAGCAGACGGCUGCUGCAUCGACCAGUCAGGGCAGCGGUGGCGGCUUGUCCAGUGUGCAGACCAGCAAGGAUCACGAUGAAUUUGAGGAGCAGGCCAGCGGCAUUGUAAACAAAGCCUUGGAAAUCUAUUCGAGCAUUGGCGAGAUGUUCAAAUCUUCGGCACGAAUGUACAUCUAUCAGAAUCAUUUGUGCUAUGGCAGCUGGCUGCUCAUCAGCGGCAUCCAGGGAGCAAUGGGUGCCAGUGGCAGUGCCUCGGCAGAGACGGCAGCUAAAGCAGCGGCGGCAGCAGCAGCCACAAAAGUGGCAGCCAAAACAGAGACUGCAACAGCUCCAAGCACACCAAUAGCCAGAGUGAAUCUGUUCAAAGUGCAACAGGGCUUUGGGGAGCUGAAUGCCGCCAUAGCGAAUCACAGCAUUAAGUUGCUGUCCGAACUGAUUGAGGAUCUGAAGAUUGAAUCUGCCUGCGGACAGAGCAGCGUCACCGAUCCCGAAACGCUACCGGAGCCAGCGCAAUUUGAUAUCCUGCAAAACUACACAUCACUGGAGCGGAUUGUCCGUGUUCUAAACACGGCCACGCUGCAUCAGUUGUUCACUUUCCUGGCCACCGUGGCAUACCGCAAGGCGUGCACACUGAAGCGUGCCUCGACCAAAGACCGCACCGAAUGUGAUCCCAUAAGCUACUCGGACUCAACGACAUGCCUGAAUGAGUCCAUGUCCUAUUCGGACAACUCGGAGGAAGAUGACAGCGAAAGUUAUCUGGGGCAUUGGUUCAAGGAAACUCUCUCGCCCGAAACGCACGACGACAAUGCAAACACCUCGUCGCAGGAGCGCAGCGGAGAGCAGAAGAGCGCCUUGGUGCCCAAGCUAGAUGAGCCACACGAGUAUCUGGAGCUCUCGGCGGAUAUCUUUUGCUUCCUCGAUCAAUUUCUGGCCAAUCGCCAUGCCUACAUGCAGCGCUAUGUCAAGGCGGGUGUCAGCGAUCAGCAAAUGCUGCUGAUGGCCAACAUAAUCAAGGACUUUGAUCGCGAUGUGAUGCGCAGCGACAGCGAACAGCAGUCGCCACCAAGCACAGCAGUGGCUGUGGUUGCAGGUGGAGCUGGAGCGUCUGGCUGCUCGGCCAAGUGGCAGGCAUCGAUGAUACGCUUCUCCGGCGCUGCUGGACGUUACAUACACAAUCUGAUCUCCACGGGACUGCUGUCCGAGCAGCUCCAAUCGAAUCUGUUGCAACAUUUGGCCAUCUCACCAUGGUCCACGGAUACGAACACUUGGCCACUGCAGGUCUAUCCCAGCACAUUGUCGGUGCUCGUGCAGAUACUCCUUCUGAAGCCCAUACAGGAGAAGGAGGCCGCCUGUUUGUCCGUGUGGCAUCGCCUAAUCAACACGCUGGUUGAGGGCGUUUGCUCCUCCACCUCUGCCGCUGACUCGGACUACGAGGACAUCAACAUUGAGCAUGCCCAGCUGCUGCUCUUUCUGUUCCACUCGCUGAAUCUCAUGCAAAAGAAAUCCAUCCUGCUGCUCACAGCUGGUGGGGUGAUCCGCUGUGCCGAGGUUUGUCGGGGCAUCAGUGCCGAGCGCAUUGUGCGCAACAGCCAAAUGAUGUUGCUGUCGCGCUUGCUCGUCUUUCUGGAGUAUCUGAUGAAGCAUUUGUAUCAGGCACCGCCCGAGCUGUUGGAUCAAGUGCGUUGGAUAUUGUUCAGUGUGAGCAGCAUGCCCGAGACGCAAAAGGUCUCCGAUUUGAUCAACAGUCGCGCCAAACUGAACUCCUAUUGCCGUCAGGAUAUUGAAGAGAAGUUCCGCAAGUCUGCAGGGGAAUAUGGAUCGAAUAUUCGUCCCACAUUUUACAGUCUCGUGCUCAAGGAACCCGAAAAGGCCUAUUGGGAGAGCGAAUUCAAAUUGGAUGGCCUUGCCUGGAAUUUCAUACUCUGCACACCGGACAAACUCAAGUAUCCGCUGCUGGUGGAUGCCCUUGUGGACAUACUGAACAUUGCAGACAUGUCCUCGUUUGCCAAAAAGGAUAGCAACGACAGCAGCAGCAUGCACAAUCUGUGCGCCAUGCAAUAUUGCUUCACCAACACCUGGAAACUGCUGCUGGGUCUGCCUCCGUCCACCUCUCACGUGGAAGCGCUGCGCAUUGAGCGUGCACCCAAUUUGCAUUCGCUGGUGUGGAGCACACGUAUGCCGCUGAGCACAUCACAUUACUUGAUUGUCAGCAGUCUGAUCAAGCAGGGCAUGUACACCCAAUACGCGGAGUCGUUGUUUACCCAAGUGGGUGACACCACCGCCGAUAUACGAUACAAUUUGAAGCAGACCAUACUCGGUGUGGAGGCUUUCAAUCAGCAGAUGAGCAAUAAAGGCAUACCACGCCUCUCGGAACUCAUCCUCUUUGAUGCUUUGGUGGCCCACAUGCAGGCCGUGGCCUGGGCCGAAAAGGAAGGCUUAAAGCUGCAGCGCAAGGACUGUGAGGAUAGCAGCGCCAGUGAGCGUUUAUCGAGCAACAGUGCAGCAUCCAGUGGCAAUGUUGGCAAUGCCGCAGAUCAUGAUCAUCCCGAGGUGUACUCCUCCAAUGAGUCAAUCGAUGAGGAGCAAUCCAAGCAGGAGGAUGAGCCGGGGCUGUCCACGGAAACGCUGGAACGCAAUCAAAUGAUCAAUGAGCUGCUGAUCAAGCUAAUGGAUUCGUAUCGCUACCUCUCGGACAUUGUGCGUGAGCAAAUGCUGAAGCAGCUGUCGAGCACCACACCGGAGCAUGUCCUCAAUCUGAUUGUGCCCAUUGUGAGCGAUAAGCCAGCCAUAAUGCUGGAGCUGCAUGCGGCAUUCCUCAAGCUGCUGCCGAAUGAGGAUAAGCAACUGAUUGCCAAUGAAUGGCCCAAGUGUUUGAUGGUCAAUGAUGCGGCCUUCGAUGGGAAACAACAUCCCGUGGAGCCAUACACCCUGAAUGUGAUUGAUGCGCACAUUACAGAGCUGACCAGAGGCAGCGGCGGUGUGGCUUACUCCACGCUGCAUACGCUCAAACAUUGCCUGAAGACGAUACUACAUUUGAUGGAAUACCUGCUGCCGUAUGCCUCCAAUUGCUGCGAAAUGGAUGCCCAGCUGAAGCCACUGCUAAUUGCCUCCAUGCUGGACAUGCGCACGGAUUAUCUCCAAGGACAGAGCGAACAGUGUCUGAGGGAAAUCCUCAGUGGUUUGACCCUGGAGGCGCAGAAGCUGCUGCUGUAUGAGCACAUGAUUGGCUACUGCUAUCGCAUGUUGAUUGAAUUUGCCGCAGAAUUGCGACUGCCAGCGGCUGGAGGCACCCCGUUGGAUCAGGAGCGAGCGUUGUUCAAUGAAUCCAUGCUGUUUGCGGUGCUGAAAACGUUCAUCAAGAUGCUGGAUAAACCCACAUCGGUGCAGGCCAUGCGACAGUUCUUCCAUGAUCAGCGCACUGGAAGUUUGACCACGCUGCUGUUGUCCUUCACUGGCACCACUCUGCCGCUCAGCUAUGCACGCAAAAUGUUGCAGUUUGUCGAGCGUUUGUUUGAGCAAUCCACCCAAGCGGACUCGCAGUUCCAGCAUGAGGAUUUGGUGGAUUGUUUUGGCGAUUUGUCCAGCGUGGAUGUGGCACGAUUGAAGCUGUGGCUGGCCCACAUUAUCUACGGCCCAAAUGUGACUGGUGGAGAUGUGAGCAGCAGCGAGACAAUGGAUCCCACAUGCAGGCUGCUCACGAGCAUCAUGCAGCCUUCGAGCAGCUCCAGCAGCAAUGCCCAGACACCCACCAACAUGGCCACUGUGUCGGCUAUGCCGAGCAUCUCCGAUCAGCUGGAUGCCAUGGACAUUGACUAUGAUUGUGGGGCAGCAGCAACGGCAGCGGGCGCAGCACCCAACACCUCGCAAAUCCUCAGCCUUUGGCAGGCAGCGCAGCCAAAUCCCUCAGAGGAAUCCUCUCAGGCCUGCGAUCACAGCGAAGGCGGCGAGCAAAGACAAAACGAACGCAAUGGCGGACUGCUGCUGUCCAUCAUCAAGUAUCUGGUGAGGGAUCAGAACAAGGCAGGACCCAUAGCUGCGCCACUCUUCCAGGCGCUGCUGCAGCUGGGACAGACGCUGAUCAGUCCGCCCCACGAUGGCUGUGACUUUGCGGAUGUGCUGCAGAUAAUGAUUACCCUGGCAGAUGCCUCACCGGCACGCGGACAUGUGGCGCUGUUCAAUACGACACUGCUCUGGCUGGAACUGGCCAAGUUGCAGCUGCCCGACAAGCAUCUGCGGCAUGCGGAGAACGUGAGCGCACUGCUGCGCUAUCUCAGCGAACUGUUGCAGAGCAUUGGCUACCGCGGCAGUCGCCAGCAUAUGCCGCCCUGGGAUGAUGAGCUGCAAACGGACAUUGACGAUCUGUACGAUGAGUUGGCCGAGGAGGAGCAAGACUCGCUGCUGGAUGACUCCGAUGAGGAUACGCUGAACAACAAGCUCUGCACAUUCUCGCAGACCCAAAAGGAGUUUAUGAAUCAGCACUGGUACCACUGCCACACCUGCAACAUGAUCAACACGGUGGGUGUGUGCUCGGUGUGUGCCCGCGUCUGCCACAAGGGGCAUGAUGUGAGCUAUGCCAAGUAUGGCAAUUUCUUCUGCGACUGCGGUGCCAAAGAGGAUGGCUCCUGUCAGGCGCUGAGUCGCAGAUUGGGCUCGGGCGAGGCGCGUGACACAGUGGGAGCCGGUGGUGGCAGCAGCUGCAGCUACUUGCCCUCGCACAUGAGUCUGCUGGCGGGCAAGAAGCGAAGCAACGCAGGAGCAGCAGCAGGACAGUUGCAGCCGCAGGGACCGUCCACACGCAAGGACUCCAUCAGCAGUGAGCGGAUCCAGCUGCUGGGCAAACUCCUCGAACCCUAUCGUGAGACAUUGCAGCAUCAGGAGCAGUGGAUGCUGGUGGUGCGCUGCAUACUGGAGUACUUUGAUGUGCUGAUGCCAUCCAUCAGGGAGAACUGCACGCUCUACUCGAUUGUGGGCUGCCACAGGCGUGCCACAGCCGCCUUGGAGCGACUGCACCAGCUGGAGCAGAGUUUCCAGAUCACGGAUCAACUGAUGUUCGCCACACUGGGCUCCCAGGAGGGAGCGUUCGAGAAUGUGCGAAUGAAUUACUCGGGCGAUCAGGGGCAGACUAUUAAGCAUCUGUUGACCUCCGGCACGAUACGUCGCGUGGCCUUUUGUUGCCUCUCCUCGCCGCACGGACGCCGGCAGCAGUUGGCCGUGUCGCAUGAGAAGGGAAAGGUCACCAUAUUGCAGCUCUCAGCGCUGCUCAAGCAGGCCGAUGCCUCCAAGCGGAAGCUGACUCUCACUCAGCUCAGUUCUGCGCCCAUUGCCUGCACUGUGCUCUCGCUGGCUGCCAAUCCGUGCAAUGAAGAUUGCCUGGCUGUGUGCGGGCUGAAGGAAUGCCAUGUACUAACCUUUUCGAGCAGCGGCAGCACCAACGAGCACAUUGUCAUCACGCCACAGCUGGAGAAUGGCAAUUUCCUGAAGAAGGCCAUGUGGCUGCCGGGCUCACAGACACUGCUGGCCAUUGUCACCACGGAUUAUGUGAAGAUCUAUGAUCUGGCAGUGGAUACAAUCAGUCCAAAGUACUACUAUCUGGUGGCUGUGGGCAAGAUCAAGGACUGCACGUUCAUGUACCACCAGCAAGAUGGCAGCGGCAGCUACUUCAUGCUCAGCUUUACCAGCUCCGGCUACAUCUACACGCAGCAGUUGGACCAGCAGAGUCUGGCCGUGCACGGGGACUUUUAUGUGACAAAUACGCUCGAGUUGAGCCAUCAGCAUAUCAAGGAUAUCAAUGGUCAAGUGUGCGGCGGUGGCGUGUCCAUUUAUUACUCACACACGCUGCAAUUGCUCUUCUACAGCUACACCUCGGGCAGGAGCUUCUGUUCGCCUCUCACAAAUGUCAAUGAGGGUGUCAAGGGCAUCUACCACUUGGACAUAAACAACACAGUGGCCACCGUGACGAGCAAAUCAUCAUCCACGUCGAAGGUGCCGCUACAAUCGCUGGUGGGUUGGACAGAGGUGGCAGGACAUCCGGGCUUGAUUUAUGCCAGCAUGAACACAUCCAACAAUCCAGUCAUAUUGAUGAUAACACCCGAACGCAUCUUCAUGCAGGAGAUCAAGGCACAGUCGGCCAAGUCACGCAUAAUGGAUGUGGUGGGCAUACGCCACAGUGUGGCAGGCACGGAGAAGACCACGCUGCUGCUGCUCUGCGAGGAUGGCAGCUUGAGAAUCUUCUCAGCACAGCCAGAGCACACGAGUUUCUGGCUGUCACCGCAGGUCCAGCCAUUUGGCAAUCAAUUGUACAGCUCCACGCUGCUGGCAAAGAAUGGCAAUAGCCAGCAGGCGAAGAGCAAAUCGGGAGGCAGCUCUGGCAAGCUGCUGCAUCAUCGCAAGUCCAAUGGCAGCCAUCAGCAGCAGAAGCAACUGACGGCCGGUGGGCAACCCAUCUUCCCCAUUGAUUUCUUUGAGCACUGCAACAUGCUGGCCGAUGUGGAGUUUGGUGGCAACGAUCUCCUGCAGAUCUACAGCAAGCAGAAGCUCAAGACGCGUCUCUUCUCCACCGGCAUGUUUGUGGCCAGCACCAAGUCCACGGGUUUCACGCUGGAAGUGAUCAACAACGAUCCAAAUGUGGUUAUGGUGGGAUUCCGUGUCAUGCUCGGCACACAGGACAUACAAAGGGCACCCGCUUCGGUGACGAUACUCGGACGUACGAUACCCACAACGAUGCGGAAGGCGCGCUGGUUUGACAUACCCCUGACGCGCGAGGAAAUGUUCCAAUCGGACAAGAUGCUCAAGGUGAUGUUUGCCAAGUCGCAGGACCCCGAACAUGUCACGCUGCUCGACUCCAUCGAGGUCUAUGGCAAGUCCAAGGAGCUUGUGGGUUGGCCCGAUGACAGCGAAGAGGUUCAAGCGCCCAGCUCGGGGCCCACACCCGUCACGGCCACACAGCAGAGUGCCGCUGCCAACUUUGGCGAGGGCUUCAAUUGCAUCACUCAGCUGGAUCGCAUGGUUAACCAUCUGCUGGAGGUCCUCGACUGUGCGCUGCAUCUGCUGGGUGGCAACGCGGUGGCUGCACCUCUACGCUCGAAGGUCGUGAAGACAGCGAGUGGAUUGCUGCUGCUGCCCACACCGAAUCCCGUGCAAACCCAAGCACGCUAUGUGCUGGCCACGCUCUAUGGCAGUCGGGCGACAUAUCACAGCUUCAAGGACGGCGUCAUCCUGCACUUUGUGCACGGCGAGCUGCAGGCCAUGCAACCGAAGCUGCAGCAGCUGGAAUCCUUGCAAGAAAUCGACCCAGAGGCAUUCUAUCGUCUGAUAUUGCUGGUACGCGGCGUGGCCAACUCACGGCCGCAGUCACUGGCCAAGAUCUGCCAGGAGAACAGCUACGAUUUGGUGCCAGCUCUGAUGGGCAUAGUCCUGGAGCUGCACAAGAUCACCCCGGAUCUCGAUGAGCCUGCAAAUAUUGUGCGCCGCGGGCUGUGCCAGCCGGAAACGAUUGUUCACUGUUUGGUGGAGAUUAUGUAUGGCUUUGCGCUGGCCGAUCCCGGCCAAGUGGGUCGCAUGACCCAAUACUUUAUUGAUCUGCUCAAGCACGAUGCCACCGUGAUCAGUCACAGUGCCAAGGAGGCGCUGAUACUGCUCCUCAGUCCACGCUUGAAACGACGCAAGGCUGCGGCCAUAGCGACGGUCAUAACGCCACCAGCCUGCUCCACGCCCACACCACAAAUGCAGGCCCUACAGGCGGUGGCUGUGUCGGCUGCGAAUGACAUCAUCGAGGAGGCAGCAGCAGGAGCAGCAGCAGCGGCUGCAGCACAAGAUCAAGACAACGCCGCAGCCGUGCUGCUUGAGGCUGUGGAGGGAGGCGUGCCCGGACAGGGACAGCCGAACCAGCAGCUCCUUAAUCUGGAGGCGUUCAUGGGCGGUGGCUUCCCCCGCCUGCUGGGUCUGCCCGAGGAUGCCGACGAUGAGGCCAUCAUGGACAUAGCCAUUGCCUUGAGCCUCCAACAGCAUGGCGGUGCGGAUGCCAAUGCGCUGCAGUCGCUGCAGCAGGGAUUGGCCAAUAUCCAAGGCAUACGACAGGCGGCAGCCAAUGCGGCAGCGGCCAGUGCUUCGGUCUCUGUCUCGGCGGGUGGCUCCGAUGACGAGGGCUCCAAUGUGGCCACCGAUGGCUCCACGCUGCGCACCUCACCCGCCGAACCGGCAGGCAGUGGCGGCUCCGAGAGCGGUGGCAGUGGUGUGGAGAGCAUUGGCGGCACAUCGGCACGCAGCAGUAACUUUGGUGAUCAUCCGAAUACAACGCCACCGCGACAGAGUUGCAGUUCGGUCAAGGAUGGCGAACAGGGUGACGAGCAGCCAGGACCCAGUGGCACUGCCUCAGGUGCACCAGCAGGAGGCAGUGGCUUGAGUGCAAUGAGCAGCACCGAAGACCACAACGAGAUAAAUGAAGAUGAAAAGCUGCAGAAGCUGCAUGACCUAAGAAUUGCUGUGCUGGAGAGCAUUAUCCAACAUUUGGACACGUUUGAUCUGUGCAAUGGGCUGCAGGCUAUACCGCUCAUACAGGUCAUACACAUGCUGACGACAGAUCUAAAUGGCAACAAUGAGCGGGAUCAACAGGUGCUGCAGGAGCUGCUGCAAGCCUUGGUGGAGUAUGUGGAAAUAGGCAAACGUGGAGCGGCCUCCAGGAUGGAGACCAAAUGUCCCUUAAAUGAAGUGCGUCUCGCUCUGCUCGCGCUCUUUGGUGUGAUGAUGGGCAAGACCAAGUCGAAGCAAACGGGCACCACAUCCCCGCCGCAUCAGUUCAAGGAUAACAGCUCAUUUGUGGCCAGCACCACGGCGAAUGUGCUCAGCAAGAGUGGCGCUUUUAUCUAUGCUUUGGAGGCACUCAAUACGCUGCUGGUGCACUGGAAGAACGUGCUCGGAGAUCCCUAUGCGGCAGGCCAAGCAGCGGCACCUACCGCCAGCAGCGGUGGAGCCACCUCUGGCCCAGGCGUGCAGCUGCUCAAACCCAUCAAGCAUGGCCCCAAACCGGAUAUAUCCAUACUCAUACCGCAGAACUAUCUGAAGAAUUAUCCCGACAUCUUUGAGUCGUACGACGGGCUGCUGACGGAGAUUAUUGUGCGGCUGCCGUAUCAGAUAUUGCGUCUGAGCAGCGCACAUCCGGACAACUAUGACAGCAGCUUCUGUGAGGCCAUGACCUUUACGCUGUGCGAAUAUAUGAUGCUCAAUCUGAACACGCUGCUGCGGCGGCAAGUGCGCAAGCUGCUGAUGUACAUUUGCGGCAGCAAAGAGAAGUUCCGCAUGUAUCGCGAUGGACACUCGCUGGAUGCGCAUUUCCGUGUGGUAAAACGUGUGUGCAAUAUUGUGAGCAGUAAGACUGGUGCGCCGUACAAUGCCAAUCCGCCUCUGCUCAGCUAUGACUCGUUGGUGGACUUGACAGAGCAUCUGCGCACCUGCCAGGAGAUCAGUCAAAUGCGCACGGGAAAUUGGCAAAAGUUUUGUGUGGUGCACGAAGAUGCCUUGGCCAUGCUCAUGGAGAUUGCCUGCUACCAACUGGAUGAUGGUGUGUCGCCGAUAAUCAUACAACUCCUGCAGGCAGCUGUGUGCAAUAUGCCAGCCAACAAGCAGCAGCAGCAGCAGCAGGCACCACCAGCAGUCGUCUCAGCGUCUGCAAAGCUACGCAGUGAGCGCGAGAAGAGCGAGGAUACCGAUGCCUACUACUCCAAGUUCGAUCCAGCACAGUGUGGCACAUUUGUGCAUCAAAUCUUUCGCUAUGCCUGCGAUGCUUUGAUCAUACGCUUCGUGCGCAUCUUUCUGCUGGAGAAUAACAUCAGUCAGCUGCGCUGGCAGGCGCAUUCCUUUAUGACGGGUCUUUUUGAGCAUGCCAAUGAGCGGCAGCGCGAGAAGUUGUUGACCAUCUUCUGGAAUUUGUGGCCACUGGUGCCCACAUAUGGCCGCCGGACAGCACAAUUUGUGGAUCUUUUGGGUUACCUCACGCUGACAACGCGCAGCAUAACCGAGCGACUGCCAGAGUUUGUCUCGCGGGCAGUGGAAGUGCUGCGUUCACAGAACGAGCUGCUGUGCAAGCAUCCAAAUGCGCCCAUCUACACCACACUGGAGUCGAUACUGCAGAUGAAUGGUUACUAUCUGGAAUCGGAGCCAUGUUUGGUGUGCAACAACCCAGAGGUGCCGAUGGCCAAUAUCAAGCUGCCGUCAGUCAAAUCGGACUCGAAAUACACCACGACAACGAUGAUCUACAAGCUGGUGCAGUGCCACACCAUCUCCAAGCUGAUUGUGCGCAUUGCGGAUCUGAAACGCACCAAGAUGGUGCGCACCAUCAAUGUGUACUACAACAAUCGCAGUGUACAGGCGGUGGUUGAGCUCAAGAAUCGACCCGCGUUGUGGCACAAGGCGCGCUCUGUUUCCCUACAAUCCGGACAGACAGAGCUGAAGAUUGAUUUCCCCUUGCCCAUAACGGCCUGCAAUCUGAUGAUUGAGUUUGCCGACUUCUUCGAAACGGUCAGCGGCUCCAGCGAGAAUCUGCAGUGUCCGCGCUGCAGUGCCGCGGUGCCAGCGUAUCCGGGCGUGUGCGGCAAUUGCGGCGAGAAUGUGUUCCAGUGUCACAAGUGUCGUGCCAUCAACUAUGACGAAAAGGAUCCCUUCCUGUGCCACUCGUGUGGCUUCUGCAAGUAUGCCAAGUUCGAUUUUAGCAUGUAUGCACGCGUCUGCUGUGCCGUGGACCCCAUCGAGUCUGCCGAGGAUCGUGCCAAGACCGUGUCGAUGAUACACAGCUCGCUGGAGCGUGCGGAUCGCAUCUACCAUCAGUUGUUGGCCAACAAGCAGCUGCUCGAGUUGCUCAUUCAAAAGGUGGCCGAACAUCGCAUCAAUGAUCGUCUCGUGGAGGAUAAUAUGGCCAGUGUGCACAGCACGUCGCAGGUGAACAAAAUCAUACAGCUGCUGGCGCAGAAAUAUUGUGUGGAAUCACGCGCCAGCUUCGAGGAACUCAGCAAGAUUGUGCAGAAAGUGAAGGCGUGUCGCAGCGAACUGGUGGCCUAUGAUCGCCAGCAGCAAGAUCUACCGCCCAGCAAUCUCUCGUUGUCCUUGGGCGCCGAAAUUCCCACAACGAAUCGCUGCUAUGGCUGCGCCUUGGCCUCCACCGAGCAAUGCCUUACGCUGCUGCGUGCCAUGGCCUACAAUUAUGACUGUCGCAUGGGUCUCUACAGUCAAGGUUUGGUCAGCGAACUGGCGGAGCAUAACCUGCGUCGUGGCACACCGCAAAUCCAAAACGAAGUGCGCAAUCUGCUGGUGGUGCUGACCAAGGACAAUCCCGAUGCGUGCAUGCACUUGCUGCAGCUGGUCACGUCGCGUGUGAAGAGCGCCCUGAUGGGUGCCAUUCCACUGAUUAGUCUGGAGGCUGCUGUGCAUCAGGAGAUGACGCUGCUGGAGGUGCUGCUCGGACAGGAUGAUUUCUGCUGGGAAUACAAGCUGAAGGUGAUCUUUGAGCUGUUUAUCAGCAAUUGCAAAUUACCCCGUGGACCUGUGGCUUCUGUGCUGCAUCCCUGCCUGCGCAUUCUGCAGAGUCUGAUCAAUCCCACAAUCUCCUCGGGCAGCGGCAAUGGCAAGACAGUGUCUGCCAUUGAUUUGUGCAGCAUCAAACUGCCCGAUGGCAACACCAUCGACUAUCGUGCGUGGCUCAAUUCGGAUCGCAAUCACGAGUACUUGGCCUGGAGCAGUCGCAUGCCCAUCAGCCAGCACCAGCAGGAGGCAGCAGCGACAGCUGUGAAGCCAAAGAGCAGCAGCAGCAGCAAAACAACAGCAGAGACACCACCAAAGACCAAGGAGGCCACUCGAGCGGCAUAUCUCAGCGAAAAGUAUGGCAAACGCUGGCGCACGAAUGUGUUGGACAAGCAGCGGGUGACCAAGCCGCUGGUAUUCAAUGCCGAAUGGAUACAGCCGCUGCUCUUCAACGAGAACUCGCGCUUUGGCCGUCAGCUGGCGUGCACGCUGCUCGGCGCACUGGCACGCACGCACGAGCGCAAGCAGCAGGCACUCAAUUUGCUCACCUCCUUCCUCGGUCAUGUGGGUGAGGCGGGUGAGGCGAGCACCGAGUACUUGGCGCUGUAUCGCAGCAUUGCCACAGAGUCGCCCUGGCUGCAGUAUCUCGUGCUGAAUGGUGUGCUCGGCAAGAUCUCCGCGCUGCUGGCCACGGAAAUAGCCAAAAUUCACUGCAUGGAGGAGCAUUCGCUGUCCUCGGAUCUGACGCUGGGCUAUGCGCUGCGGCGGUACGUGGAGCUGUUGUGGCUCUUCCUCGAGUGCCCGAACAUACGCAGAACGUACAAGACGCGCCUGUUGGGGCCCGUGCUGGAGAGUUACUUGGCAUUGAGGAGUCUGGUGGUGCAGCGCACGCGACACAUUGAUGAGGCGCAGGAGAAGAUGCUGGAAAUGUUGGAGGAGAUGACCAGCGGCACGGAGGAGGAGACGCGUGCCUUUAUGGAGAUACUCAUCGAUACGGUGGACAAGACGCGCAUGAAUGACAUCAAGACGCCGGUGUUUAUCUUCGAGCGUUUGUACUCCAUCAUUCAUCCGGAGGAGCACGACGAGAGUGAGUUCUACAUGACGCUAGAGAAGGAUCCGCAGCAGGAGGACUUCCUGCAGGGCCGCAUGCUCGGCAAUCCCUAUCCCUCGGGCGAAAUGGGUCUGGGUCCCCUCAUGCGUGAUGUAAAGAACAAAAUUUGCACCGACUGCGAACUGAUUGCCCUGCUGGAGGACGACAAUGGCAUGGAGCUGCUGGUGAAUAACAAAAUCAUAAGCCUGGAUCUGCCCGUCAAGGAUGUGUACAAGAAGGUGUGGCUGGCCGAGGGCGGUGACCGCGAUGCCAUGCGGAUUGUCUAUCGCAUGCGCGGACUCCUGGGCGAUGCCACCGAGGAGUUUGUCGAGACGCUGAACAACAAGAGUCAGGAGGCCGUGGACACGGAGCAGCUCUACCGCAUGGCCAAUGUCCUAGCCGAUUGUAAUGGCCUGCGUGUCAUGCUGGACAGGAUUGGCAGCCUGCAGCGCAUCUCACGACAGCGUGAACUCAUCCAAGUGCUGCUGAAACUCUUCCUCAUCUGCGUGAAAGUGCGCCGCUGCCAGGAGGUGCUGUGCCAGCCCGAGAUUGGUGCCAUCAACACCCUCCUCAAGGUGCUGCAGAUGUGCCUGCAAUCGGAGAAUGAUUCCAUACAGUCGGCAGUCACCGAACAGCUGCUGGAGAUUAUGGAAACGUUGCUCUCGAAGGCGGCCAGUGAUACGCUCGAUUCGUUCCUGCAAUUCUCGCUGACAUUCGGCGGGCCCGAGUAUGUUUCCGCGUUGAUCUCCUGCACCGAUUGUCCGAAUGUGCGCAAUAAUCCAUCGGUGCUGCGUCAUCUGAUACGUGUGCUGGCUGCGCUGGUCUACGGGAAUGAAGUGAAGAUGGCACUGCUCUGUGAGCAUUUCAAAGACACUCUCAACUUUAAACGCUUUGACAACGAACGCACACCCGAGGAGGAGUUCAAGCUGGAGCUCUUCUGUGUCCUAACCAAUCAGAUUGAGCACAAUUGCAUUGGCGGCACGCUCAAGGAUUAUAUCGUAAGUCUGGGCAUUGUCGAACGUUCUUUGGCGUACAUCACCGAGCAUGCGCCAUGCGUGAAGCCCACGCUGCUGCGCACCGACUCCGAUGAGCUGAAAGAGUUCAUUUCGCGUCCCAGUCUCAAGUACAUCUUGCGCUUCCUCACGGGCCUCUCGAACCAUCAUGAGGCCACACAGGUGGCCAUCAGCAAGGACAUUAUACCGAUUAUACAUCGCCUCGAGCAGGUGUCCAGCGAUGAGCAUGUUGGCAGUCUCGCUGAGAACCUCCUGGAAGCCUUGUCCACCGAUGCAGCCACAGCGGCGAGGGUCCAGCAAGUGCGUGACUUUACGCGUGCCGAAAAGAAACGUCUGGCCAUGGCCACGCGCGAGAAACAACUCGAUGCCCUGGGUAUGCGCACGAACGAGAAGGGCCAGGUGACGGCCAAGGGUUCGAUACUGCAAAAGAUUGAGAAGCUGCGCGACGAGACGGGACUGACGUGCUUCAUCUGCCGCGAGGGCUAUGCUUGUCAGCCGGAGAAGGUGCUGGGCAUCUACACGUUCACCAAGCGCUGCAAUGUGGAGGAAUUCGAGCUAAAGUCACGCAAGACCAUUGGCUAUACGACGGUGACCCACUUCAAUGUGGUCCAUGUGGAUUGUCACACCUCAGCGAUACGUUUGACGCGCGGAAGGGAUGAGUGGGAACGGGCUAGUCUGCAGAAUGCCAACACACGAUGCAAUGGCCUGCUGCCACUCUGGGGUCCCUCUGUGCUGGAGACUGCCUUCUCCGCUUCGAUGACGCGUCACAGCAGCUAUAUGCAGGAGAGCACACAGCGCUGUGACAUCUCCUACACGAGCAGCAUACACGAUCUGAAGCUGCUGCUGGUGCGCUUCGCCUGGGAGCGUAGCUUCCACGAUGAUGCCGGCGGCGGUGGCCCCCAGUCCAACAUGCACUUUGUGCCCUAUCUCCUCUUCUACUCGAUCUACAUGCUGCUGUCAUCGCGCUCUGCGGCCAGGGACAGCAAGACGCUGCUCACCUAUCUGACUGCACCGCCCAGCGAGAAGUGGCUCGAGUGUGGCUUUGAGGUGGAUGGACCGCUGUACAUGUCCACCAUUGCACUGACCCUGCACAGUCGCGAGCUGUGGAACAAGCACAAGCUGGCGCAUCUGAAGCGUAUGCUGGCCGUGGCCCAGGCACGUCACAUCUCCCCCUCGGUGCUGUGCAAGGCGCUGCUUGCGCCAGCCGAUCGACAGGUGAAGGAUUACAGUGUGUACAAGCCGUAUCUGAUGAUGUGGGCGCUGAUCGAUAUGAUCUACAAUAUGCUGUUCAAGUCUGUCACAAUGCCCAAGGAGGAGGCCUGGCCGGUAUCCCUAUUCGAUUACAUACGCAAAAAUGACGAGGGUAUGCUCAAUUCGACAGACAGCAUACUACACAUCCUGACUGAGGAGCUGUUGCCGUGCACUUCGUUUGGCGAGUUCUGCGAUGUGGCAGGACUUCUCACACUUAUCGAACAGCCGGACAGCUUCAUUGAGGAACUGCUCGCCUCCCUGCCUUCAACCACAAGCUCUAGUUAAAUAAAUAAUUUUGAUUCGUUAAUAAUUUACACAUACACACACACAACCCAAUACAAAGCGUAGCAUUGGCUCUUCGCGUGCAGUCUUAAUAUAUAAUAACUAAUAACGCGUAUCACAUACAUAUAUGUACAACUAUUUAAUCAAUAAAAAUUAUUCGUUUGCACAAUUAA